AUGAUUUUUAAGCCAGUUAAGAUAAAGCCCCACCUUCUUAAAACAUUAAAAAAGGAAGGUUUAAUAUCUAUUGAAAAGGCUGAUGCUAGGAGUAUUAAAAUUUUAAAUGCAGAUAACAUAAGAAGUGAAACAAAAGAAAGUAAAAUUAAUUUUAGUAAGAAUAUAAGAAAAAAAAAGAAUGAAGAAGGUAAUAAAAAAGGAAUUAAAGAAAAAAAAAAUGAAGAAUUAAUCUUAAAAAAAAAAAGGAAAAAUACUAAACAAGUAGACCAAAUUGUACUAAAAUCAACAAAUAACGCUGAGAGGAAAUUAAAAAAUUUAUCAUGUAAAAUUGUAAAAAAAAAAAUAAAUAACAACAAAAUAAAUUCUGAAAAAAAGAAUAAGUAUAAUGAGGAUACAAAAAAAAGAGAUAAAUCAAAAAGUUGUACAGUUAUAAACAAAAAAAUAAAAAAAAAAAAAGAAAGUAAAUUAAAAAAUAGCAAAAAAAAUGGUAAUCUAAAAAAAAUAGAAGUAAACAAUUCUAAAAUAACAAAAAAAAAAGAAAUUUUUGACAUAAAUAAGAUUAUUGAAAAUGAAAAAAAUUUUAAAAAUAUUAAUGAUAUUAAAUAUAUAAUACAUUUAAAAAAGUGGAGAAUAAAUGGUAAAGUUAGUAUUCUAUAUAGCAUAAUGAAAUCAUUGUAUGAUAAUAAAUUUUUUAAACCUACUGAAAUCCAAAUGAAAACGUUAGAGAAAUCAAUAAAUUAUAAAAAUGACGUGAUUGUUAUAUCAAAAACAGGAACAGGGAAAACAUUAACUUUUUGUUUACCUAUACUAAAUAAUAUAGUAAUAGAUAAAUUAAAGGAAUAUGAGAAAAAUAAAAAAUGUAAACAAAAAUUUAGAUGUUUAAUACUAGUGCCAACAAGAGAAUUAGCAUUGCAGAUUUUAAAUCAUUUUAGUUUUAUAAACAAAUAUAUUAAUUUAUAUAUUACAACUAUUAUAGGAGGUUUAAAUGUUAAUAAGCAAAAAAGAAUUAUAUCAAAGAGGCCUGAAGUAGUUAUAUGCACACCAGGAAGGUUAAGAUUUUUUUUAGAAUUAGAAGAAAAAAUUGAAUAUAUUUAUGAAAUGAAAAGCAUAAGAUAUUUUGCUUGUGAUGAAAUAGAUAAAAUGAUUGAAAGUUCUUUUAUGAAUGAUAUAAAUUUUAUUGUAAAACAUUUAUAUAAAUGUGUAGAUGAUAAAAAAAAUAAUAUACAAACAUUUCUACUAUCGGCUACUUUGGGAUUAACAGUUCAAUUGCAAAACGAAAAUUUAGCUAAAUUAUUAAAUUCAAUAGUCAUAAGAAAGGAAAAAUCGUUUUUUAUUAAUUUAUCAGGUGAUCAUUUAAGUAAGGAUAAUUUGGGUAUAUUACCUGAUGGUCUUACUUUAAAUAUAGUUAAAUGCGAAAAAAAGAUGGUUCAUAUAAAACUUUACUAUUUAUUAAAAUUGUAUUUCUUUAAUGAUAUUGAUAAUGAAGAGGAAAUAAAAAAAAUUAUUAUAUUUGUUAAUACUAUAAAUAGUACAAAAGAGUUAAAAAUGAUGUUUAGAUUUUUAUUUUUUGAUCCAAGUUUAGAAUCAGCUAUACCAAAAAAAUUUAGGAGUAAUUUAUUUUUAAAAAAUAAAAUAAGCAUAUAUAGUAUACAUUCGAAGUUAAAAUUAAAAGAAAGAAUUGCAAAUGUAACUAAAUUUUCGGAAUCCAACGAUAAAUCUAUAUUAUUUUGUACUGAUGUAUUAAGUAGAGGAAUAGAUUUAGAUAAAUGUGAUUUAAUAAUUCAACUAAAUUGUCCAGUUGCUGAUAUUACAUUCGUGCAUAGAUCAGGACGCACAGCUAGAAAUUUCAAGAAAGGGAAAUGUAUUUGUUUCGUGUCUGAUGAUGAAAUUUUAAAAUGGAGUAGCUCAUUGAAGAAGAUAGGUUUGGAUUUACAGAACUUAAAAGAUCUUGAAGAGAUAAAAAAUAUGAGCGAUAAUGAUUAUACAAACAUUAAUAAGGGAAUUGUAUGUUGUAAUGAAAUGUUAGAAUUACAAAAAAAAUUAAAAGAAAAUAGAAAUAAAUCUUUCUUAAGUAAAUUAGCUGAAGAAGCAGAUUUAGAAAAUGAAGAAAGUAGUUCUGAUUCUGAAAAUGAAUCAAAUAAAAAAAGUAAUGAAAAUGUCCUUAAGCAUUUACUGCACAAAAAAAAGGAGUUAUAUAAAUUGUUAUAUAAAAAUUUAAAUUAA